AUGCAAAACAAGGUGCUUGGUCACGAGCUUCGCUACACGCUGGGGAGUAUGUACAAUUUUGCCGAAGUGCUUAGCGGCGGCAACAAGCAUGAAAAGGCAGAAGAGAUGUACCGAGAAGCGCUCGAAGGAUACGAGAAGACACUUGCGUCAGAACACCCAAAAACGCUCAGCAUCUUUGUUAGUCUUGGAUCAGUACUUCAAGCACAACGCAAGUAUGGAGAGGCAGAAGCAAUUUACCAAAGAGCAGUUGAAGGCUUAGAGAAGGAGAUUGGUCCAGAGGAUACAUCAACACUUAACGCAGUCAAUAACUUAGGCAGGCUCUACGAGAGGUUAGACAAGGUUGAGCAAGCUGAGCAGAUGUGCGAGAUAUCUACAUGA